UAUCCACACGGCCAACACGGACUGAGCACUGCCGAGCAUGCAAAAAGCAUAAAUAGUUUAUACGCGAGAGUGAUACGGUGCGGACAUGAGUCUUCGCAGUCGGUGAAUAUCUUAGAAGAAAACAAAUACGAAUGCUCUUCAAUGAUGUUACUGCCUUCAGGGCGCUCAAGCAGCGAUGUUCCUUCCAUACAGGCAGCACAGAAUCAGCUUCAAUUCUCCAUAUUAAGUAAGCCGGGUGCCGUUCAAACCACGUCGUCGAGAGAAUUAGCAAAUUCUGCGCCGGUAACAGCGGAAGAACACAACAAUGUAGUGGGCAGUACUGCUGCUGUGACACUCAGUAAUCAGAAUAAACACGACCUCAGUUGCAGUGUCUUUCCAUGUGGAAAUAUUGGAAAUUGGGAAACAAUUGAUCGGCAUUUACAAGCAGUGCAAGAAAAUCUCAAGAAUGACUGGACCGUGCACAUGAGCAAGGAUGGACGGUUAUAUUACUGCAACCAUCAUACACAAAUAUCCAGUUGGUUGCCAUCUAGAGAAGAUUGGCACAAGAGCGAUGAGCUACCCUACGGUUGGGAACGAGCUGUAGACUCGAAAGGUCGAUCAUAUUAUAUUAACCAUCUUAACAAAACGUCAACAUAUGAAGCACCGGAGUAUACACGAAGUGACGAUAAGCCGCCUGAGCCACGAAAAAUAACCCUUCAACGCAGUCCUUCGCUCGGAUUCGGUUUCGUCGCUGGCAGUGAAAAACCGGUGAUAGUGCGUUUCGUUACAGACGGUGGGCCAAGCAUGAAUAAGCUCCAACCAGGCGACCAAAUUCUCGCUGUAAAUGGAGAAGAUGUCAAAGAGGCACCACGAGAUCAUGUCAUACAAUUAGUAAGAGCUUGUGAAUCUCAAGUAACCCUUAUGGUUUGCCAACCUGCACAUUGCUUAGCACCCGGUCGUAAAUCCACACUCCUCUCAGCGGGGAAGCGUGCGAAAUUGCGUACAAGGCCAAGUCGAGUGCGCUUUGCUGAAAGCGUUUGCGUGAAUGGAUCCCCCUUAUUUCCGGCAUCUGCGUUUUCUUUGGGCGAUAUUUGUGUUCCACCGAUGGCAAAUGUGCUCAAAGUAUUUCUUGAAAAUGGCCAAACAAAGUCGUUUAAGUACGAUGCGUCUACCACUGUACAGGAUGUAGUGGGCUCACUUCUUGACAAGCUGUGUCUAUCAACAAGCGAAAUAUUCAGCUUAGUACUGGAGCACGUAAAAAGCUUGAAGAGGAAUAAACUUACAUUACUCGAUCCUGAGGAAUCGCUGGCUCGUAUAGCUGCGCGGCCUGGUGCACAUAAGCUUCGCUGUUUAUUUCGAGUGACUUUUGUGCCAAUAUCCGCUGCCGAUUUAGCUCAGAAGGAUCUGAAUGCACUCGAUUAUUUAUAUAUGCAAUGUUGUAAUGAUGUUACGCAGGAGCGCUUCGCACCGGAACUGCAACCGGAAGUCGCCUUACGACUAGCCGCUUUGCAUAUGCAUCAACACGCUUUGGCCAAUAAUGUGUCGCCAACAAAAUUAACAGUGAAAGUGGUUGAGCGGGAGUUCGGCUUGGAAAGAUUCGUUCCCAUUUCACUAUUCGAAGGAAUGAAACGCAAAGAGCUUAGACGGCUGAUAUCGCAUUUUCUAAAGCUGAACGCAGAAAUGACUGGUUCAUCAACCAAAGUUUUGACACAAUUGCAGGCAAAGCUGCAUUACUUAGAUAUCAUAGCAAAUUUACCAAGUUACGGCGCUAAGUGUUUCAGUACAAACCAAAGGGAAGGAAUUGAACGUGUUUUGCUUAUUAGCCCACGCUUUGGCUUAAGUCAAAUACCGAGUGUAAGAAAUUCCGUGCCUCAGCCCAUAUCAGCCAUCGAGGACUUCAGCCACAUAAUCGUGAAUCGUGAUGAUGACGUGUCAUGCAGUGUGGCAAUUUUUAUGCGAGGAGAUAAGGUUGUAAGGUUCUCGAUGGAGGACCGUGACGCAUGCGAAUUCUCAUUAGUUUUAGCUGGAUAUCACCGAUUGUUAACGGGCAGGAUACUGCCUGUCGAAAAGGAGCGUGAGCAAUUUUUUGGUGACGACAAUGCACCGGCGUAUUUGGCACAACACACAGUUCUGCCGGCAUAUUGGAGUUAUUUAUUACCCUUUCACGAUCGAGCACACAGCAUAAAUUUCCUUACGCUGCCCCCGUAUAAGUCGGUAGCAAACAAAUUAAACUCGUCUGGAAACGAAAAUCAAGAGAUAUGUCUUACCGGCGGAUCGAAUAAAAAUCAAGUCAUUGAUUCUUCAAAUUCGGCAGAUAGCGAGAAAUCCCAAAAUAAGUUGCCAUUUGUAAGCAAUGCAUCAAUGGAUCUGGAUAUACACAGCGUUAUGGCAACCGAAUUACUGGAAGAAGCAAAGGAUUCCGGUAUGAGCGAUAGUAGUGGGGGUGGCAGCAAUCACUGCGAUCGGUCAAAUGGUUUAAAUACAAACGCAUUUAUGGAGGCUAAAAAUGUGGAGGUACUCAGGAGGGUUCAUGAAAUGCAAAGAAUGGUGGAAAACUCAGAACAGUAUUUAAAUGAGCAAGGUGAAAAUGCCCCUGAGUGUGAUGUCCGGCAUUUAGCUAGUGUUAAUAAGAACUUUUAUGACAGCAUAAGUUCGUGGCAAAAUGAUCAAAGCAGAAAUAAAGCGGGAACCACUGAAUUCGAUAGUGAUUGUGAUAGUCUAACCAGCAGUAAGGUAUCUUCCAUUGAAGACACUCCAAAUCCAGGUGUGCUCAAGCACAGCGACUCUUUAGUACUACUCGCUGAAGCAAUAAAUCAAGACCUAAAUGGUAUCACUCAGAGCCUAAAUUCUAUUGGUGGAAAACAAUUGGAACCUUCAGAUAACAUAUUAAGCAUAAGUACGACAUGCAGUCCGAGAUUCGAUCGUAAAUUCAAUAACAUCGGGCAAAUACUAAGCAAUUUACAGUCGUCAGAUUUCUCUCAGAGUGAGAGUGAUUCUGAAUCAGUGAAUUCUCCGACAAACUCUCCUACUGCUCGUCGGCCAGCUCUUUUGUGUGCUGCUGAAGGAAGUAGCCAUAAACAGAAUUUAUCACACCGUUGCAGCUUCGGUCUGCAUAGUCCUGAUGGCAAUAAUUUUGGUCCCGAUAAUAAAGAUUAUAAUUUAAAAGAGUACUUAAAGCAACUCAAAGAGAUAAGUAGUGCCCAUGAUGGGAAUCAUGAUACAGAUAUUGCUGCAAAGAAGCUCUCGGAAAUAUACGGGUUUGAAAUAAGGGAAGAUACUUUUAUUGAAACUGACGCUGACUUAAUUGACCUGCGUUCUAUACCUCCACCUCGUACCCCCGACGAAUUAGAUUCGAUAUCCUUACUGAAUGCAGCUCCACAGGGAUUUGAUGAUGGAUCGAAAAAGGCAUCUAUCACGGAUGUGGGUGGUGACUUAGACACAUUUAUUGCAAAUAUUGUAGUUGCGCCACCCACACAAAAAGCAACUCCAGCAAAGGAGUUAACACCAGAGGAGAUAAUGUCAUUUAUUAUUCCUCCACCACCGACAUUGGAAGACCCUGAAAAUUUAAAAAAGUACGACAAAGUCGCCGAUCAAACCGAAAGCUUAUACAGCAAUUCCGUAUCGGAAACGAGAAAAUUGUUUAAUAAUACAGCAAAUUUGCGGCCUGCAAAUAUACAACCGAAUCAAAAGGAAACAAAGGAAUUAGUUAUGGGUAGAAGUGAGCAUGUCAUCGAGUACUCAACAGUUGAGCGCAAGAGUAAGUUCUCAUGUUGUCCAAAAUCGACAAAGGACGAGAGUGAUACAAGUGUUUCAGUACGUACAAAACCAGCUUUAAAAGUACCGCCACGUUCUCAAUCUAUUGAUAAACCACUGCCUCCAGAGAGACCUCCUAAAAGUGCAGAGUUGAUUCAACGUUUUUCACCAAAGAAACGGCAAAGUACUGCUGCUGUAACACAGAAUCAGGACCAAAACGUUCAGAAACCUGCACAAUUCUUACGCGAGGAAAAGCCACCUUCACUACCCCCAAGAUUGAAAACCUCGCCACGCACUGAGGAACGUGCUUCGAGCCCAUCGGUGAGCGAACUACCGCAAAAACCACCUUUACCGCCAAUAGUCAACCGCUCCAUUCCGAGAAAUAUACCAUUAAAUGCUACCAAUUUAAAGAGUGAAAGCUGUACACCACUUUCGGGAGUGACACAAGCUUCAUGUAUAUCCUCGCAAUCCAGCCCAAGCGCAAAUCACAUUAGUAAUUUUCAACCAAAACACAAUACUGUUUUUUCCCCAAACGGCCGUCAAAUUAUAAAUAAUGAUUACGCCUCGUCCUUCUUACAAACCUCCAUAACCGAUAAUCUUCCUUCACUCCCUUUACAUUGUUCCCCUCAAAUGACACGAAAAACACUUGGUCCUGUAUCUGUACCUCUAAGCUCAAAUAUAACACCAAAAAUCGGCGAAAAAUAUAUCAUAAAAAACGGGCACAUAAUCGACAGUGAGGCACUGUUGGCCAAGACAGAUAUAGCAAUGGCAGGUCUACUGAUCAAAUUAGAUCAAGUAGCCGCUCAAUGCUCAGCGGCACAGCUUGCUGGUGGUGGUAUUAGUAUUGACGAGGAUAAGUUCCAGCGAGCACGCAAUGAACUGACUGAGCAAACAUUGGCUUUAGUGACGGCCUCGAAAUUUUUAGUAGUAGCAAUGUCCGAUAUGACAUUAUCGACUCUACCUGAACACCUUACUUCCUGCCUCACAGCACUACGACGCAUCACUGAACUUACCCAAGACAUAACGCGUCACACAUCGUCACCACUUCAAACACGUAACAUUGUACUAAAAGUGCAUGACGUGGCAUCCAGUUUUAGAGAACUUGUAGGAGUGCAAAUUGGUCCACUGGGUGCCGGACAGCUAGCUUUGCAGGCUGAGUGUUUAGCUAAUGUGCUAGCCACGUUACUGCGUAGUUUGCGAGUGUUCUCGCCCUAAUCUCUACGAUAAAAAAAACUAAAAUGUGACAUAAGAAAGGAAGCGCUGAACUCAAAGCAGUCUCUCCUUUAUCUUUUCACGCUUUAUCAUUAUUGGAAUGUGUGCAAUAUCUCUAAUGCGAUUGCUCUAUAUCAAAAUCUUAAAGGUAAUAAGAAAAAGUUUCAGAGCAAGAGUCGCAACUUUUACUGGAUGCAGUUUGCAUUUCAAACUGAUUACACAGAUUAUAUAUUUGUGUUUCCCUUCUCCUACAAGUAUUUACUAAAUAUUUACGCGAUUUACCCCCGCGAGCUGUACACAUUCAUACAAAUAAUUCAGGAAAAAAUAUAUGCAUGCUUAAAAAUAUUACACAAAUAAUAUUAAAUUAAUAGACUUAACAUACAUCCAGAAACGGUCAUUAUAUUAUAUAAUGCUAAAGGAUAUUAUAACUUUGUCACCCGAAUCGAGACACGUGUGCCUCGUGAGCCUCGUGAAUCCAUAUUCCCAGCAUACAUACUUAUUGAAGCUGAUAAUGGUUUUGAGAAUGCACUAGGCAUAUACUGGUACAUUCUUUUAUGUACAUACACAUAUACUCGUACAUACAAUACAUACAUAUGCGAAUGAAUGAUAUUUAUCGAAUAACUUUGGACUUGCUCUUUUUUGCUACUCUUUUACAGGUACAAAUUUCGUCUGAUUAGGAUUAGAUUAGUUAUACUCGAAUAUUCAACCAUAUGACAUAAUACAAAAACAAAUUAUAUGUAUGUUUAGUCUGCAAAGAUAUUUAGCACAACCAUUAAAUGGAUAUACAAUACAAUAAAAUAAGAUAUUUACGCAAAUGAUGGAGGAAUUGGAGGUAUGAGAAAUUAUUAUUAUUCGACUAUGCGGGGUAAAGAGAAGUUAAAUUAAUUAGUUUUAUUUCCUAUAUUAAAAUAAGACAAUAAAAUAAUAGAGUUCACGCGGAAAAUGAACAACCAAUGUAAGUCCAAAGUGUUGCAACGGACAGUCUCAGAAAAAAAAUUUUACAAAUUUUGCUCGAAUAGGCACGCUGAUUGUUGUCACUAACUUCCUUUUCUUUAUUUUACCGCAUCAAUCAAAUAUUUCAGUAAAAUCCACACUUCUACAUAAUAUAUGUAUAUUUUUAUAAUAUCGUAGAAAUGGAAAGAAAUUUAUUUAUUAUUUUUCGAAAAGAUUAAAGCAUUUUUUCUUAUAUGUAAAAGACUCGAACUUGUAACUUUUCUUCCAAAUUAUAUUCAAAUCACUUGCAAAUUAUAUCAUUUAUGAAACAAACUAUUAACGCAAUAAUACAUACAUAUACUUAACUAUAUAUACAUACAUACAUACAUAUGUAAACUCAUUAAAAAAUAAUUUCUAUGUAGCGCCACAUUUUAUCUAUUUGCUUCUUUUACAUACAUACAAUAUUGCAAAUAAUGCACAUAUUUUUUAGUCUCUUAAAAACACAUUACAAAUAAAAAAAAAGAGUAAGGAACUCCGGUCAUGUUAGAUGUCAGUAAGAAUAUUGAGCUGUUCGAAUUUAUUCUCAAUAUAAUAUGUAGUUAGGGAGAAAAAAAAUCAAAAAAGUUGAAGGAAUUGGACUUAGUAUGCAUAUAUAACUCGAGAAAACCGUUAAGCAUUUAUUAAGUGCGAGUUCUUGACGAAAUUCACAUCAAGACUCGUGUAAAUUUGACUGGCUUUUUCCUCACCGAACUAGGCUUUGUAAAAUAAAUAUAAUAAAUUGGUAACAAUUGUUAUUGCCCAUCAACCUAUCCACAAAUAACUUAAUAAUUCAUUCCGUUUUCUUGAACAAUAUUAAAUUUUAUAAUUAAUUUAAAAAAAAAUCAACUUUCAUUUCUUCCCAUUAAUAUAUUCUGAGUAAUUUCUUACUCCGCGUAUGCCUUUCUAAGCAAAAUUAAUUACGCGUACUCCGCUAAAUGAAGUUCGAUGCGUUAAAAUCUACCUUCCCACACAGACUCACUUGGGCCUUAGAAUGCGACCAGCAAUUGUUGGGAGAGAUAUACACGGAAAAUUACUACACUACGAGUCCAUAUUAUCAGAGACAUAAUCUAUUGAAAAAAUAAAAUUUCGACUUUAUAUUAUAUAAUGCGAACAAUUUGUAAAAAGAUUAGUUUUACUCCCUAAAAUUAAAAAAAAAAAAUUAAAAAAAAACUAUAUGAAUUUUAACUACACGUUUUUAAGCACAAAAACACCAGAAAAUCUUACUUAGAACCAUUCUUUGGAAACCACUUGCAAAUACAUUUAUACAAACUAAUCCCAAUUACAUUCCAUAAAAGUAAAGGAGCAAAUAGGAAAUGCUGGGUAUUUAUGUAAUUACCUUAAAUCUGUUGGCAGAAAUCAUAGAUUUGCAGCAGAGAGAAGAAAAUAUCAAAAUAUUAUUUUUAAUAUAAUAACAAGGUUAACAAUUUUUAAAAACUAUUGUUUACAUAUGUAUGAUUAUGGUAUUCAAAUCGAUAUAAUAUUUUACUAUAACCCAAUAUUAAUAAGACGUUUUAUAUGCAUAAAUUCAUAAAUGUUAUAUUGACCAAAAAUAAUCAAAAAAUUAUCUUGUGAUAUCCAAUUUUGUGUAAUUUAUUGGAAUAAGUUCUGAUCUAAAUUCAGUAAAUGUCUAUACAGAGAUAAUAUGUGUGAAUCCCCGGAACAGCUAAUUUUUGAUAUAUUUCUUAGAUAAUGCCAAAUGACGUUAACAUUAUAUUAAUCUAAAUAUAUGAACGUACAUAUGUAUGAUGUAUGUGCUUACAUGUACGUAUAUAAGUUUGUUAAUUCGUUUUAAAAGAAACAUGCAUAUGUAUAUAUUUAUACGUAUGUAUGGAUGUAGUUUCUGUUAUAUGUUUGUAUAUUGAAAAAUCAAAAUAAGUUUUACUAUAUAUGUAUGUAUGUACAUAUUUAGUUACAAUUCCAAUUAUCAUUCAAUUGGUCAACGUGAGUAUAUUAGUAAUAGUAAUGUAAUCAAAUGGCGUUAGACGCAUGAAACAUACAUACACGUACAUACAUAUUUAUUAAACAAACCAUAAUAUUCCGUUGUAUAUAUUUAUAUAAAGUGUAACUUAAUAAUUAUUAUAAAAAAACUUUACACAUGUAUGUAUAUUUACUUAGUUGUACUGUACGUGAAUAAUUGUUAGUACAUACAUACGUACAUAGUACAUCACUAAUAAAAAAAUAUUAAAAUAAUGGAAACUAAAGAUAUUAAAAUA